AUGCUCAUUUUCAAGAACGCAAAGUCCAACUAUCCUAUCCAAGGUCUCCCGGACUGUGUCGACGGCGACCGCUACCGUAUGGCAUCGAGUGCAUUCAUCAACAACCGAAUCAUGGCUGAAUGGCUGCGUGAAACGCGCUGCUGGGGACCGGUUGACCCGUUCGCGAAAGAGCACCAAUUGUGGCUCGACAAUGCCAGCGGUCAUGCAGCCGACCGCUUCCUGAUCCAGCGAAUCAAGGCCCACUGGAGGCGCUUAUGUGAGCGCCGGAACAUGGAGGUGAUUCGGCGCGGGGACUGGAUGCAAGGAUCGAAGUCAAGCGGCGCGCUUGCGAAUCCUGGAAAGCGCUUCUUCUUGGAGACCGCGGCGAAGUGCAUUCGUCUAGUGAAUGCCGAGGAAGAUGAGAACGGUAUGAACUGGGCCAAUAAAUCCAUGCUUUUGUGUGGGCUAGAUGUUGGUAGCGAUGGGGUGUGGAAAGUUGAACAGCUUAGCAAGUCCUUACAAGACGUGGUGGCGAGAUUUGGUGAGGAGUUCGCGAAGGGAUACCAGGAAGCCACCGCAACCGCCUCAGUUUAA